AAACAGACCAUUGAGGAGACUCACAGUGGUUUCAUGUGGUUGAGUCAAGCAUAAGGGAACAGGGGCUGGAGAAAGGGUUAGGACCUUGAGUUUUGAUCCUGUAGUCUGGAGACACAAAUUUUCAACAGGAGGGUGUGAUGCACUCAGGUUUGAGUGUUAGAUUGCUCUAGAGACAGUGGUUGGAGGGAAUGCUGCUAAAUCAGAGACUAGUGCCCCUGAGAGAUGAUGUCACCUUGAGGUAAUUUCUGUGGUAUUGGGAUGGAGAGUAAUGGUAGAUGUGAGAUUUUUUCUUCUGUCUUUGUUUUAGGUAGAAUUGUCAGAUCCCAAUGAUUGAAGAGAUUUGGGUCAAGGGAGAAGCUUCUUUGAAGAAUGGACCUUCAAUAAGGAAAUUGAAUGAAAAAUUUAUUUGGGAGGACUAGGAUCUAGGUACAUGUGAAGAUUUUUUUGGCAGUUUACUGUGGAGACCAUUGAUCACCUGGCUCUCAUUUCUAUCUGUUCUGUGUUGGCAAGAGAGAGUGCCCAAAUGAGCAAGACAUCACAGCAAAACAGUACUCCAGGGGUGAAUGGAAUAAGUGUUAUUCAUACUCAGGCACAUGCCAGUGGCUUGCAGCAGGUUCCUCAGCUGGUCCCUGCUGGCCCUGGGGGAGGAGGCAAAGCUGUGCCUCCAAGCAAGCAAAGCAAAAAGAGUUCACCCAUGGAUCGAAAUAGCGACGAAUAUCGUCAACGCAGAGAAAGGAACAACAUGGCUGUGAAAAAGAGCCGAUUGAAAAGCAAACAGAAAGCCCAAGAUACACUGCAAAGAGUGAAUCAGCUCAAAGAAGAGAAUGAACGGUUGGAAGCUAAAAUUAAAUUGCUGACAAAGGAAUUAAGUGUACUGAAAGAUUUGUUUCUUGAGCAUGCACACAACCUUGCAGACAACGUGCAGCCCAUUAGCACUGAAAAUACGACAACAAAUUCUGAGAACACAGGACAGUAGACCUUACCCUUUCCAGACUUCAUAAACUGUGGCUUGAACCGUUAAAGGUGUGACAACGUGCACCACUCAUAUCAAUGGCUCAAUGUUGUCUUAUUCCAUUAUUCAAAGAUCCAUUGGAUGUUAUUUUCUAGGAUCAGCACUGAAGAGUUGAUUAGCCAUGUAAUUUAAAUAUCUGGUUUUGAAUGAUACAGAUUUUUGUGGGGAUCAAAAAACAAAAAAUUUUAAGGUAUAUGGUUAAAAAAAUAUGUAUAUCUUGGACCUCGAUGUUCUUAAUGUAAAUCCUGACUUCCCCAGAAAUGCUUCUUUUUUAGAUUGGCAAAAGAAAUGAGAAACUGGCAGGUCAUGCAGAGGUACUUGGUUUUAUGAUUAAUUGGAUUAAGAAAAAUUGGGAUUCCAUCUAUUUGUGUUUUUAUCCUAAAUUGUAUGUUAUAAAUCUGGAGCUAUAGAAAUCAAUCACUGUAAUUUGGAAUGAUUUUAUGUACAGCAUAAACCUUGUUUUAACAAUUAGUACUGUUUCCCCCCCCAAAGUACAGGUUUUUGAAUAGUGAUGUCAGGUUGAGUAAAAAAAACCUCAUCACCUUAAAGGCACUAUGCAACAAAUUGGCUUAAAAAUACAUAUGAUGGUUAGGAAGCAGAUUUUGAAAAAAGUAAAAGUAUAGCAUAUUAGAAUUAUGCUUUGGGGAUAUAUUUGAGUUAUUAGAUAUUGUUUGUGUCCUAAAAAAAAAAAAUCUCACUUGUGUACCAAAAUUUCAGUUUCUGCAGAUGCUAGUAGCUUUUUUUUUUGUGGGGGUGGGGGUGGGAAGAGAGAUACUUUUAUGAUAGCCAAGUAAGUCUUAAAGUUUGAUGACAAGCUUCUGAUUAGGAUUUGGAAUAUUGGUUUAGCUGUUAGUUUCUUCUGUUUUGAAAAUAACUGCCAUAGGGCCAUGAUUUUUAAAGGCAAAAACAUUUUUGUGAAAGAACAUUUUGGUAUUUGAUCUUAACCACAUGAUUAUUAGAAAAAUGUAUCAACUCUAUGCCAUCUCCCAAAGUAACAGUCUAAGAAAACUUGAAAGUAUAAGGUUUUAACCUUUAAUUUAUUUCACUUAAAUACAUCUUUUUAUAUUGUU